AUUUUGUAUGUAAGAAAUCUUUAAUUGAUUCGUUGGCGAAAUUUGAUUUUGUUCGUAGGAAAUACGUGAAAUAGAAAUAUUUUUGUACUUUUUAAACUCUCUAGAUAUGUUUUAGGCCAUAUGUGAGAAAAUUUAAUAAAUUGUAUUCGGUAGAGAUCCAAGUCAUCAUGUCCGCUCACGAGCAAAUUAGGGCAAUGUUGGAUCAAUUGAUGGGAACUGCACGAAAUGGCGAAUCGGAUAGGCAUGGUGUGAAAUUUUAUGAUGAUUCGGUGUGCAAAUCGUUUUUGUUACAAUGUUGUCCUCACGAAAUUUUGUCGUCCACAAAAAUGCCCCACACUAGUCUUUAUUGCUCAUCACAAUACUUAACAGAUGAGGGAUAGAUUGUAUGAGUUAGGCUGUUCUCGGAUGGAUUUAGGUGAGUGUCCAAAAAUACACGAUCUGGCUCUGCGUGCUGAUUAUGAGUUAGCCUCCAAAACCAAAGACUAUUUCUAUGACAUUGAUGCGACAGAACACUUAGAGGCUUUUAUAGCGGAUUGUGAUCGACGCACCACCGCAGCUAAACAACGUCUUGCCGAAACACAAGAGGAGUUGUCCGCUGAAGUUACUGAAAAAGCAAAUGCUGUCCAUGAACUUGCAGAACAGAUCGGUCAGAAGUUGGCACGAGCCGAAGCUUUGGGUGAGGAAGGAAUGGUGGAAGAGAGUAUUAAACUGAUGGGAGAGAUUGAAGAGUUGCGUAAAAAGAAAGCAGUCGCAGAGCAGGAAUACCGCAACUCGAUGCCAGCGUCGUCGUAUCAACAGCAGAAAUUGCGUGUGUGUGAAGUAUGCUCUGCAUACUUGGGCAUCCAUGACAAUGACAGACGUCUUGCUGAUCAUUUUGGUGGGAAAUUGCAUCUUGGUUUCAUUACUAUUCGAGAGAAACUCGCUGAGUUGAAGAAAACCGUGGAUAAACGUCGCGAAGAGCGCGGCGCUUCGGAACGCGAACGCGGAGGCGGGCGGCGGCACUACGUUGGAGGGAGGGAGUUAGACCGCCGCGCGCGUCGACAUCGCGAAUCCGCGCGCGACCGCGACCGUGACCGCGGCAAGGAGACCGACCGCGCCGAACGCGGCAAGGACAGGGAGCGCGACCGCGAUCGCGAGCGGGAAAGGAGGCGUAGUCGCUCCAGGAGCCGCAGCAGACGCGAGGGGUCCCGCGGCCGCGACCGCGAGCGCGACGCGCGCCGCAGCAGAUCGCAUCGCUCCGGAUCGCGCGAGAGACGCCGAGAAUGAAAUGUGAAUAAAUAACUAUUGAAUUAGCUCACUACGCGCUACUCCACAAAUUGCUCCCGUGUUUCUUGUUCACUCUCAUUUUGUUUGUUUAUGAGUCGUACUUUAAUCACGUGACGUUUUUCAGCAUCUUUUUAACCAUUUGAUGUUUUUAGAUUAAGAUGGUACAUAAGUAUCAUAUUUUUUAAGUGACGCUUUUCUUUUUAGAAAUGAAUUGGUCAAUAAAAAAAUGUACACGUGAUAUUUCGUGUUUUACAGACCUCUCUUUUGUAGCCUCACGUGAUUAAUGGUCGGUCCUUAACAGCAUUUGCUUAGCCAUGUCAUGUCGUCAGAGUAUAAUUUUCAUUCAUAAAUUUAUUAAUAUUGAUUCACGGAAUAUGUUGCAUUGCCAUUACCGAUUCGUAUCUUUGGAUUCUUUGGUGUGAGUUGAAUGCCGGCAGUUGACUAUUUGUAUUUGUAAACUCGAGAGCAGUCUUUCCUUUUCAUUACCUAUAGGUAAUGUAAUAAGGCUCUAUAGAGCAUGACAAGGACAACCCGUUAUAGUAAACAUGAACAAGUAAGUGUAGGCGUAAGUAUAUUCUGACAAAGCAGAAACGCGCAUAUAAUAAAAUGAAAAUGUCAUUGGCUAUGGCAAAAGCAAUGAGGUUUAGCGACUGACGAUAGACGCAGAUUUUCUUUAUAAGCAUGUAAGGUUGCCGACUAUAUGCCGUUUCUAUCUCUUUUAAUACACUAAAGAAAUACAGAUUUUUGUUAUCUCUAAUGCGCUUUUUAACUUAGUCCGGUUUACACUGAAAACUACCAAGUAUGUUUAAAAAAAUACAUAAUUUCCGCCUCCAUCAUUUACUAUGUAAUUAAUUCCUUUUACAUUGC